AAAUAUCACAGCCUCAUAUACUCUGUGUAUAUGCUCCUACGCACAUAUAUCUGAUUAGUGAUAUGAAAGUCAAUUCUGUUUGUGAACUACGAAGGCCCAAACAGAGAGCCUCGUAGCGAUGGUGAAAGUACUAGAUACCCCACCACCGCAAUUGUCGUCAGACUUUUUCUCUCGGUCUUUCGACAACAUAGCUACACGCUUGCUAAGCAUAGAAAAGCGAGAUAAACACCAUGAUGUUCCUGAGAAUUGCAAAUACAUCCCUGUUGAUGCAGAGAAAAUUAUUUUGUGUGGAAGACAUCAGUUUAAUGAGCGCUCAAUCAAAGAGGAAAAUUUCUGCCGCAUAGAUUGGCCCGGGGUAUAUUUUAUGCUUUGUGUUACAGGUGCCGAUGUCGUAUAUGUACAUUUAGCGGGUGGUGCCAACUACUUUAAUGUUUAUGUCAACGGAAUGUUCUGCCGAGCUAUUGGAAGUAAAUACGACGAGUCUACAUAUUUACUUGCGCAUGAUUUAAGUCCGGAUCAAGUAUACGUCGUAACCCUGGUGAAACGAACUGAGGCAUAUCUACGUACCGCACUCACAUAUUUCAAACCUGCACGAGUCUUUGGCUUUUCUCUCUUUCCGAAUACUGCCGAAGUUCUGCCAUGCCCUCUGCCUACACUCCCCAAUACAGACCCGUCCAACGCAAGCCCCUGUCGAUACUUCGAAUUCGUGGGGGAUUCCGACACAUGUGCGUUUGGGGUGGAGGGUCAUAUGACUGGAUCUAAUAGCAUAAGCAUGGACCCAUCCACAUGCAACAUCGACAGAUCAUGGGCUCGCGUAUUGUCACGAAAGUUCGGCGCAAUAUCUCACACACUUGCGUGGUCAGGUAAAGCCAUAAGCAAAAAUCCCAAUUUUCUCGGUAAAGCGACAAUUCUCGAUAUGUACGACCGUCAAAUCGCGAACGAGCCGGACACCCCUUCCACUCAUGCGGAAUGCCCGUACAUCGCAACAAAUGCCUCAGCUUCUUCGGCUGAAAUAAAGGCGGCAUCGGCGGACGCGGUCUUCAUAUUAGGUGGUAGCAAUGAUUUCCUUUUAUCACCUCGGCCGACAGAAAUCGAAUUUACGUUCGAUUAUAUGAAACUGAUCGCCGAGGUCAGGAAAAGGCACAAAACAGCCUACAUUUGUUGUAUAGUAUUGGGAUCUACAGCCGUCGCCGGGGUUGACGAUGGUGACGAGGAAUCUAAAAAGCCGCUCAUCGACACGAUCAGGCGACUGACUCGAGAUGCCGUAGAUAAGUUUUGUGAAUUAGGAGACGACAAAGUCUAUUUAAUCGAUCUAAAUGACAAAGUAGAUCUCGACAAGGCACGGGAUUUCGCCCUCAUAAUGCAUUGGAACGCAAUGGGUCACUGGAAGGUUGCUGCCGCGGUCGAAAGAGAAUUGAGACAAAUCACGGGCUGGGAUCCAAUAAAAGACGAGAACAGGCCUCGACAAUCGCUAACAGAGGAUAUGUUCAACAAAAUUGAUAUACCAGACAUCUGUCCAACGACAAUCCGCCAAGCUUGGACGCCCGUGCGAAUGCCAGCCAUCGGCGCUAGGGACACACUUGGAUAUGAAACCUCAAAGCCAAGAUCGAGGUGGGGAUCAACUCGCCGCAAAAAACCAAGCUCGCGCGACAGACCGAUUUCGGCUGAUAACCCAGAGUCAAUGGCACCGAUACCUUUUAGCAACCAACCGAGAUCGCAUGUGCCGCAUGUACUUAUUCAACGAUUUACACGGCCUCCAGGGGAUGUGGAUGUUAGUUCUUGCAAUAAAGAGAAGUAG